GCCUUCCCUCUUUGCAACUUCUGACUUCUGACCACAGUCACUCCUUCCAAGGUUUCCACCACCGCUGCCAUUUGCACUCAUUACACCUUCCUCACCAUUCGCGCGACAUUUCCGAAUCCACUCGUUUUGCAGCCGCGGCUCAGCAACUAAGCUUGGUGCAUGUCGCGUGUCUUGAUGUCAUAAUACCCGAAGCGCCAAUUACACUUGUUGCAAUACACUCUCUAACCAUGUUGUCCCUCUUCCGAUCCCUCGCACUACUCGUUGCUGCCCUCGCUGCAAUCGCUCGUGCUGUCCACCCAGUCGAAGUCCGUGGCCAAGAUUUCGUAGACACGGUCACAAACAAGCGUUUAAUGAUUAUUGGCGUAGACUACCAGCCAGGAGGACAGGCCGGAUAUAAGCCCGACUCCAAGCAAGAUGCCCUGAGUAAUGGUACUGUGUGCUUGAGAGAUGCAGCUCUGCUACAGCGCCUUGGUGUUAAUACUAUCCGCGUUUACAACGUUGAUCCGAGUAUCAAUCAUGAUGAUUGUGCGAGUAUCUUUAACGCGGUAGGUAUCUACAUGAUCAUCGAUGUGAAUUCUCCUCUAGAAGGCGAGAGCUUGAAUCGUGCGUCUCCAUCAAGCAGUUAUAAUUCCGCCUAUUUGACCAGGAUUUUUGGUAUUGUGGAGAACUUCAAGGGUUAUCCGAAUACCUUGGCUUUCUUUGCCGCAAACGAAGUUAUGAAUGAUGUUGGAACGAGCAAGGAGAACCCGCCGUAUAUUAGGGCUGUUCAACGUGAUCUGAAAAAUUACAUCGCCAAACACUCGACACGCACAAUCCCUGUUGGUUACUCAGCUGCUGAUGUGCGUCCCAUCCUCGAAGACACGUGGGCCUAUUUUCAAUGCGCCAUCGACGGUAAAGACGACGACCCCACACGGUCUGAUUUCUUCGGCUUAAACAGUUAUUCCUGGUGUGGUGGUGACGCGACCUAUCAAAGCGCCGGCUACGACAUCCUCGCCGCCAUGUUCUCAAACUCCACCAUCCCGGUCUUCUUUUCCGAAUAUGGCUGUAACAAGCCAGAGGGUGUAGCAAGAGUGUUCAACGAGGUGGCCGCGCUAUAUGGAAAGAACAUGACCGCACUCAGUGGGGGUUUGGUAUACGAAUAUUCGCAAGAGGAGAGCGACUUUGGGCUCGCCACGAUUAAUGAAAACACAACCGUUUCCUUGAAAAAGGACUUCGAUAAUCUCCAAAGUCAAUACAACAAACUCGACAUCAAACUCAUCCAGUCUACAAACGCGGCCGCCACCCAGGCUAAGCCGCCGAAAUGUGAGGAAUCGCUCAUCUCGGACUCGGGCUUUUCGAAAAACUUCACCAUUCCUUCUCCGCCCGACGGCGCGGACGAUCUGGUUAAGAAUGGUAUCAAGAAUCCAACACAGGGCAAGUUGGUUGAGGUCAAGCAGACGAAUGUACCAAUGGCGGCGUAUGGUAGUACGGGAGUCCAGAUCCAGAAUCUAGCCAUCAAGCCUUUGCAGAACGAUGAGAGUAAUACGCCCGGUGGCGAGACGACGAGUCCUAGUGGGACAGCUUCGCCUAGUCCAUCACCCAGCAAAAAGGGGGCGGCGGGUAGAGCUGGCGUUGGUAUAUGGGGCGUAACAGUUGCGGUCCUCGCAGUUGUUCUUGCAACGCUGUAACAGACGUUAAGGGGAAGGGACGGGGGGUUUGAGGCGCAGGUGACAGGUGCAGUUCAGAACUCGUGUCCAUGAUUGGGCCUAGUAGACGGGGGUAUAUUUUCUUUCUGUGUAGAUUCCAGUUUUGGCAUAUCUAGUAGCUGAGCUACUCCUUGUCUUUUAGGUUUCCCUGUUUACACGGGACUAGAAGAAUUCAUAGAGACACGUAACAGCCAUAUCGUUCCUGUGUUUUUGUCAAUGUGAUACCAGUGAAGGGUUUGCGAGAGACUAG